UUUUUGUUUUCUUGUUUCUUUUCCCUCUCAAAAAAUAAUCACCAUUUUCAGUUUCUGGUUCUUGAAAACAGGACCCCCACUUUUCUUUUUUUCUGGGUUUUCUUCUCUUCUCUUCUUUCCCAUUCUUUCUUAUUUUUUGGGGUAAAAAUAUGGGGAGUUGUUUGAGUAAGAAAAGCACUUGUUCUUCUUCUCUAGCACUUGCAAACACAAAUCAAGAAACCGAACCAAAUACCCUAGUGGUAGAAAAGAAGAAAGUAGAGGGACAUAUAGUGAGAAGAGAAAUCUUUGUUAUCAAACACAGGAUAAGUCAUGAAGAGUCUAAUAAAGAAGAAAAUGAUAAUUUCAAGAAAGCAAAUGAAUCAAUACAACCAUUGAGGAGGGCUACAAGUUGUACAAAAGAAGAAGUUGAUGCUAUUUUGAUACAAUGUGGGAGGGUCAGCAGGAGUUCAUCCCGGAAAAAUGGUUUUGGUGAAUCUUCUGAGAAUACCAAUACAAGUACUAGAAAUUACUCUAUUUCCAAGAGAAGUUAUGAUUUUGACAAUGAAAACAGAAGUGAUAUUGGGAGCAGAAGGGUAAGCAGAUCUCCUGUUAGAAGAUCCGAAUCACCAACUACUAUUCAAAGGAUUCAAGUGAAGAGAAAUGUAGGUGUUGCAUCUCCUCGUGCUCGAUCCCGGUCUCCAGCAAAGAUGAAUUCAAAGGCAACAAAUGAGAACAUGAAUUCCCAACAGCAGCCUUUGUUCCUUAGCCGUAGCAAUUCCAGGAAAAGAGAAAAUUCUCCUUUCAGAAGAAAACCUGGAAGUGAAAUUGAUACCCCUGUAGACACUGGACCAAUUCCCUUGUAUACACAGAAACUGAAUGCAGAAAACAUAAACAAUAGCAAAGUUCUGCAAGGAACUGAGGAAAAACUUGGCAUCAGCAAAGCAGCUAUAGAUUACGGUCUUACGAAUGUUUAUGGCAAAGUCAAGGAGCAGCAGAAGCAGCAGCUGGCACAGGAGGUUAAAACAUUGAGAACAGUUUCAGAAUUCGAAAGCCUAAUGCCCGAGGGAAUAACAAGAAGAAGCAGGUCACCGAGUCUAUCACGAGACCUAGACAUUAAUGAUCUUAGAGUUGAGUCAAAUCCUCCUACUCAAUCAUAUACCGAGUUAUUGCUUGAGGACAUCCAAAACUUUCAUCAAAAGAGCAGCAGCAACUCUUCAUUUUCACUUCCACCUUGUGUAACAAAAGCUUGCUCAAUACUGGAGGCAGUUGCUGACUUUAACUCAAGCACUAGUUCCAAUCCAUCCAGUGCUUUCUCUGAAGACAGAAGAAGAAACCCCACGGUUGAGCGAUUAAACAAGAAGACCGCCGCUUCUUUAGGAACCAAUCCUCCUAGUAUACAGAAGUAUGCAACCUUCGGAAGGGGAACUGAUGGAGAUGUUUAUAAGGAAGAGCUAGAAUCCUCAGAAAGCAACAGUUUUGUUGGUUAUCAGCGAUGUAGUUUUUCCCCUUCCUCACGAGAACCAAACUCAGCUGAUUCAACCGAUUCUUGGGCUCCUUCAAAAUCUUACAGUAGGCUUUAUAUGAAUCCACUAGCCUUUCAAAAGUGUACAGUAUCUGAUCAUGCCCCUGAUAUGGAUGAAGGUAAAGAAGAGUGACUGCAAAUAAGAGGGAUUUUAACUACCAGCAGCAUGGUAGAGUUCACAACAGUGGUGAACUUAGAGAGACUUAUUAAGAUAUAUGCAGUUUGUUCAAGGAUUGAUAUGUAGCUGUUUGUGGUUGCACACUUUGCAACCUUUCCAUUUCAGUGUUUAUAGAAUCAUUUACUUGAAGUUGCUGUGUUGCAGAUAUUCUUCAAAGUUCUAUGACAGACAUAUGGGGGCUGAUAAUGGAGUUUCACAUUUAUACA